AUGGACGAAGUAACGAAUUUGUUUUAUCGAUAUACAACGGCCUGGGAACAGAAUAUUAGAGGACCGCAGAUUGGGUGCUAUUCUGUCGCAAUAAUCGGCCUCACUGUAGCUUUAAGAAAGGUCAGACCUUUUAGCAAAUUUAAAAGGGCUACGGAUAUUCCUGAUCAUUUUAUUAAAGAGAGACGAGAGUUGACGGGAUAUGUGAAAGGGAUUGAACCUGGUGGGGGUGUUUUAAUGAUACAACAUAAACCUUUAGUCGAUUUACCAAUGGUGAGAACAGGUGAUUUGCCUGUUAAAAUAUCGGGGGUUAAAGUAUCAGCUUUGGGGGUAAAUUGGUUACAAGCUAUUGUAGUUGAAAAUGAGGUUAAGUUUAUUCCUAUUCGUAAAGACAAUCGAUUUAUUCAAUGUGAAGUACUUCUGCCACAGACUAAAAAUAAAAAAGUAAAGGAUCUGCACAUUGGUGAAACCUUGUUGAGAAUAGGAUUUGGGCAAAUAGAAAAAGUGGAAAAGCCCCUUACGGAUCCAACAUUUUUGCAGUACUAUAAGAGGUUAAAAUCUGCGGAAGCAUAUGCCAUUCGAAGAGACUUGGGUUAUAAGUAUUACAUCAACCCAACUAUAAAACUAGUAAAACUAAUGCACCAAAAACUUAACGAUAUGCUGUUGGCAACAACUAAACAAAUUCCUAGGUUAUAUAAGUUUGCAACUUCAUAG